GUACAAUUGCGAAAGAUCCUUCCUUUUAUGCAUCUUUACGUGCAUCAGUGAUUUCAAAUACACAAGACCUGCAAGUGAAUUUAAAUACUCAAAAUGUGGAAACAGAUGCUCAAAGUUUGGAGAUAAAUAUUCAAAAUUCAGAAAUACUAA